UCCCAGUAACAAUAAUAGUUUGGAACUAUUUCUUCAGAAAGUUCAUGCACUGUACCUGUACAAUGGCAAGAAAUCCAAUCUAUUUUUGUGUCCUUUUCCUGUUAUUUCUGGAAUGUAUUGCUGCAACAAAUUUACAAACUGAUCACAGCACCACUAAUACAAUGGAAUAUGAGAACAUGACCAAAGAAUCCAUCGAAAUGAAUUGUACUGCGAAGCCUUCACUAGCUCAUCCAUCAAUGUCUUCACAAACCCCAGGGUAUAUGUUAAAAAAGCAGAAAAAAAAAGAAAAACAAAGGCUCUUUCCAUUAGUAGUCUGUUCAGAGAACAGCAAGUGCAAAUCAGGAAGGAAUGAUCAGACAGAAUACAAAGCAAAAGUAAAUAGGAUUUUCCUAAUGUCAGCUCCAGAAUUAACAUCAAAGAGAGAAAACUGGACAACAGUGAAUACAACGUUCCCAACAACAGAAACAACACAGAGACAAAACUGGACAACAGUGAAUACAACGUUCCCAACAGCAGCAGAAACAACACAGAGACAAAACUGGACAACAGUGAAUACAACAUUCCCAACAGCAGCAGAAACAACAGAGACAGAAAACUGGAUAACAGUGGAUACAACAUUCCCAACAACAGCAGAAGCUACAGAGACAGAAAACUGGACAACAGUGGAUACAACAUUCCCAACAACAGCAGAAACUACAGAGACAGAAAACUGGACAACAGUGGAUACAACAUUCCCAACAACAACAGAAAUGACUACAAAGAGGGAAAACUGGACAACAGAGAAGACCCCAUUCCCCACAUUAGGUCCAGAAACAACGACACAUGGGGAAAAUCAUGCAUCACCAUCUGAAACAGUACCAGCACAAACUACAACAAUGUCAAUUCCAGGAUCAACAACUCCAGCAACAGUAAUCGCCUUGACUCCAGAGGCAAACUCACCUCAACAAACAGCCCCAUAA